AGUUAGGAGGAAACGAAACCCAUGAGAUACAAAUGAUAUUUAAAGCGCUCUCUCACGAGUCGCACCCUCCACUGUAAACCGAGAACACUUUGGGAGCGGCAGCGUCGUGAAUGGGUCGCUCCGGAACAGCAAUCCUUUAACGUGGGUAUGGAUGGAUCAGCUGAAUAUACAGAGGAUGGAGAAUCCAAGAAGAAAAAUUAUGGAAGAGGUGGCAAUAGCCGCUUCAGGGGACGGAGGAGGGCCAGUAGUGAAUGUAAAAUUAGGGUUGAAAGAGGAGGAGGACACAGUGGGGUGGCAGACGGCACGGCUGCUACAGGGAGAGCUGGACCAGGGGAGGACAGAGGAGGGAUUGGAGGAAGAAGAGGAGUCGGGAGAGGUCAAAGACGCCCUGAUGUGAGGGAACGCUCCAUAACAGGGAGUCAAGUAGGCAGAGGACACGAGAGAGGGACAUGUAGGGGAGGAGGUAUAUCAGGGAGGGGAGGAGAUAGAUCAUUAGGAAGAACAGGGGAUAGAGAAAGGAGAGGAGGAGACGCGAGAAGCGGCAGGGGGGGUAGGCGUGGUGGGAUGGCCCCUGGAGCCGGAGAUUUCGCACGUCAUGCAGCGAGAGAGAGGAGCGGGAGUUUGACAGUGCCAGCUGAUCAGAGAGAUCAGAGCGCCAGAGGGGGUCGAUGUGCUAGUCGAGGUAGGGGGGGCGAUCGUGGAGCAAGACCCAGAGCGCCUCAGUCGAGGUCAGCCCCCCCCAGCGACACCAGGGGGGGGGCGCCACACGGUCGCAGGAUGACCUACACGAUGCUGGCGGAGCUCUCGGAGAAACCGCCCUCCGAGGUGGCCAUCACCCUCUCCUCCUCUCCUGCCUUUCAAGCGCUCCUGGAGGAGCGAGAUAUCCGGCCUGACCUCGUGCAGCUCGUUUGCUCUGCCCUGAGCAGGGCCUUCCAGUCGCGCGUGGAUAGGAGCACGGUCCAGCACCUUGCUGGUGUGGUGAAGGACAGCGGGUUCCUGCGCACCAUCCUCCCGCAAUACGUAGGUGGAAUGAGUUCAGAGUCCGACCCCACCCGCAGGGAACAGUACCCGCAGCACUUUGACAACAUGAUAGCUGUCCUGUCUAAGGUGCUCAGCAUCUUCCCAGCCAGCUCAGUCCAGGCUGUGUCUGUACUGGUGAUUCUCUUGCGGGCCUCUCUCAUUGGCCUGAGGGACUCUGGGGUUGACAUCGCACGUCCAACUGAAGAAAAGCUGGAAGACAUCCAGGCUUUAAGCCAGCAACUCCAAGAGAGAUCCAGGGAGGGAAGCCUGCGUUCAGACCGGGACCUCCUUCCACUCUUAUCCGACCAACUCGACAACCAAGGUGAGGAAGAUCUGGAGAACUUUCGUACAAUACCCAUCUAUCCAACCAGAGAGGAGUUCCAUGAAAAUAAGACACCCUACCUGAGGCCCAACACCACUACUCGCCAACACGCCAACACAGAAACCUACCUUGACACACACUUCCGACUGCUGAGAGAGGACUUUGUGCGGCCGCUACGUGAGGGGAUCCAGAGACUCAUCUGGAGCCAUUUGGACCAGGGGAAGAAUACCCAGCAGCUUAAGAAGGAGCGCUUCAACGACAUCAGUGUGUACUUUGACGCCAAACUGGAGUCGCCUCUGUGCACUCGUUCAGGCUUAGCCUAUGUUAUCGAAUUUGACGUUGAGCCUCUGAAGUUUGUUCGCUGGGAAAGCUCAAAGCGGUUACUCUAUGGUUCUUUGUUGUGCAUGUCGUGUGACAAUUUUGAGAGCAUCCUGUUUGCUACAAUAUCUGAACGAGAGCUGAACGACUUGAAGAAAGGCAGAAUUCAGGUCAUCUUUUCUGAUGAGAGCAAACAAAAGCUGGAAACCAUGCAGACCAAUCUGCCGUUUCUGAUGGUGGAGACGUCUGCCUACUUUGAGGCCUACCGUCAUGUUCUGGAGGGCCUGCAGGAAGUACAGGGAGAUGAGCUUCCCUUUCAGAGGUAUAUAGUGGAGUGCAGCCCAGAUGUGCAACCCCCACGGUAUCUGAGGGAAGACGACGUGUACAACCUGGAACAGGUGGCAGACCCUAAGAAGAACCAGAAGAUCAAGCCCUUUCACUGCCUCAGGCCUGCUGACUGGCCUGCCAAGGAGACCCUCGACCUGGACGAGUCUCAGAUGGAAGCCUUUCAAUUGGCUCUCACUCAGGAGCUAGCCAUCAUACAAGGACCCCCUGGCACUGGAAAGACCCACGUCGGCCUUAAAAUCGCUAAGGCACUGUUGACCAACCAGGGACUCUGGAGUUCCGGUCAGGAGGCCGCGCCAAUGCUUGUCGUGUGUUACACAAACCACGCUUUGGACCAGUUCCUGGAGGGUAUCCAUACAUUUCUAAGAAAAGGCAUUGUGAGAGUUGGGGGCCGGAGCAACAGCGAGGACCUGAAGCCCUUCAACCUUAAACAUCUAAUGGAAGCCUUCCGUAAGGGGAAUUUGGAUAGAAACAUGCCCAACCACCUACGAUAUGCUUUUACAGAGAUUAUAAGCGAUCUGAAAAGUCGGGAGCAUGAGGUCAAUUUUCACUCGGUACAACUACAGUGCAGUCAGAAGGGGGUCCUCCGGGAGAACAUUCUACAGAAUUACAUUUCAGAUAGACACUGGCCCAGUCUGGAACCGCCUGCAAGGUCCAUCCCUGGCUGGUACGAAGAGCUGCAUUCAAGAGAAAAAAGGCAGAGUCAGAUGGUUGAGUGGUUGGGAUUAGGUCCCACAUUCUUCCAGCAGGAAGCGGAAGAGGAAGCCCAUGAAGACAUUGAAUCGGACCCAGAAGCGGAAGCGGAUGAGAUGAUCCAGAUCGCUGAGGAAGCAGACCAGAUUCACGAUGAGCGAUUUAUCGAAGACGGCUUUGAGCGUCCAAAUUCGAGGAUGAUCAGGCAGCAGGAAGUGCACCAGGCAGAGGAACAGAUUCUGGCAAUGAACUUUAAGAAUGUCCGCCGACAUGGGGGCCAGAGUGACCAGGAAUGGCAGAUGCAGAGAAACCAGAGGAAAAGUAUCAAGAGAAAAUUCCGGAAGGAACUGGAUAAGGAAUCAGAUAUGACUGAAAAAGAGGAAAUGGCCAUAUUUGAUAUUUGGCAACUGAGUUUGGCAGAACGAUGGAGACUUUAUCGGCUAUGGGUGUCACGCUACAGGUCUUUUCUGCAAGAUCAACUUCAGAAGUCCAUGGAGAAAUACCAGAACACAGUGGAAAGGUUGGAGGAGGUGCAGCUCAACGAGAAAAUCUGCCUCCUCCGCAACGCCAAGGUCAUCGGCAUGACGACCACAGGGGCGGCCAAGUUCCGUAAGAUCUUGCAGGAAGUGCGUCCGCGGCUGGUAAUAGUGGAGGAGGCUGCUGAGGUGUUGGAGGCCCACACCAUCACCUCUCUGAACCCAGAGUGUCAGCACCUCAUCCUCAUCGGAGACCACCAGCAGCUGCGGCCUAGUGCUACAGUGUACGAUCUGGCUAAGAACUUCAGUCUGGAGGUUUCCAUGUUCGAGAGGCUGGUGAAAACUGGUUUCCCUUUCGUCAGGCUCAACUAUCAGCAUCGCAUGAGGCCCGACAUCGCCCGCCUCCUGACUCCUCACAUCUACCCCGAGCUGGAGAACCACCCGUCAGUCAUGGACUACGACAAUGUCAAGGGCAUCCAAACCAACCUGUUCUUCCUGGAGCACAGCCACCUAGAGGAAAACCUCAGAGAUGGGAAAAGUCACGAGAACAAACAUGAAGCCAUGUUUGUAGUUGCUCUGUGUCGCUACCUUCUGAUGCAGGACUACAAUCCAGAACAGAUUACUAUCCUCACCACGUACAGCGGACAGCUCUUCUGCCUGCGCAAUAUGAUGCCCUCCUCCGAGUUUGCAGGGGUCAAAGUGCAUGUGGUAGACAAGUACCAAGGUGAGGAGAACGACAUUGUCUUGCUGUCUCUGGUCCGCAGCAACACCAUUGGCAGUGUGGGCUUCUUGAGCAUCCCCAACCGCGUCUGCGUGGCAUUAUCACGCGCCAAGAAAGGCCUCUACUGCAUCGGAAACAGUGCAAUACUGAGCAAAGUCAGACUGUGGAGCAAUAUCUUCGGCACCUUGAAAGAGAAGGAACAGAUGGGCAAAGCGCUCACUUUGUGCUGUCAGAACCACCCAGAAAAACAGAUCCAGGCCGCCUGCUCUGAGGACUUCAAACAAGCCCCCGAAGGGGGGUGUUUGACGCCUUGUGAGUUCCGCUUGGACUGUGGCCAUGUUUGUGCUCGAGUAUGCCAUCCUUACGACCCCCAGCACAAGAAGUACAAGUGUGAGAAAGACUGUGAGAGAAAACUAUGUUAUCAGGGACACAAGUGCCCAUUGGCUUGUCACCAUCCAUGCCCCGCAUGUCCGGUGGAGAUUGAGAAGACCAUACCAGGUUGUAGGCACAAGCAAAUGGUCCCUUGCUACAUGGACCCUGCUUGCUUCAAAUGCAAUGAGCCCUGUGAGAAAACUCUCCAGUGCGGACAUCAGUGCAAAGGAAAGUGUGGGGGUCCAUGUACAAUUGAUUGCAAGGUAAUGGUCCCCCUCAUUCUCGAGUGUGGACACACCCAGAGUGAUAACUGCUUCUACGAGACAAAGGACUAUGAGCCCAACUGUAGGACCCCAUGUGACCUACAGCUGAAAUGCGGCCACAGCUGUACUGGUACUUGCUACGAAUGCAACCAGGGGCGCUAUCACCUCCCUUGCUCCUACCAGUGUGAACGUCUGCUCAUUUGUUCCCAUAAGUGCAGGGAACCUUGCACCGGUGAGUGCCCUCCAUGCAAGCUGCCCUGCGAGAACGUCUGCAUCCACAGCAAGUGCAAGAAACGUUGUGGACAACCCUGUGCCCCUUGCGCAGAGCCUUGCGCCUGGCAAUGUCUGCACCAAAGUUGCAGCAAGCUUUGCCACGAACCUUGUGACCGCCCGCCAUGCACAAGGCCCUGUCUCAAAAUGCUAGGCUGCGGCCACACCUGCAUAGGCCUCUGUGGUGACAAAUGUCCAACCAAAUGUCGCAUCUGUGAUCACGACGAGGUCACAGAAAUAUUCUUUGGCUCUGAGGACGAUCCCGAGGCCUACUUCAUUCAACUGGAGGACUGCAGUCACAUUGUUGAGUCCAAAGCUAUGGACACAUACAUGGAGAUGGACCAGAAGUCAGAGGACAACAAGCAGAUGGUCAUCAAACUGAAAGAGUGCCCCAGAUGUCGCACUCCGAUCCGCAGGAACCUUCGCUACGGCUCUCACAUCAACCGCAGCCUGGCUGAGAUAGAGAAAGUCAAGGAGAAGAUAAAUGGACACAAGAUAGAUAUUGAAACUAAAAGAAACACCAUCAAAGUGCAAUGGGAAACCAAUCACAGACAACUUCUUACAUAUUUGCCAUACAAAUGUCAAGAUCAAGUUCAAAGCCAAUUGUCAGAGUCAGAUCUCACCGCUAAUGAUUUGCUGGGUCUGGAACAUACAAUGCUCUUCAUGGAGAGAGCCGCCAUGCUUCUCAAGAUCCAAAGAAAGGAGAUGACUGGAAACCACCGCCUCUGUUUCACAGACAAAGUCGAUGUGUUCCUCCAAUGGCUUCUUCACCCAAAUCAGAAAUUCACUGAACAACAAGUCUCAGAUUUGCAAAAAGAGCUGCAGAGAGUCACCCUUUUGGCUGAACUCAAUGCGCGGUGCACAAUGGCAAGAGAACAAAUUACAAAAAUCCAGGCUGAGGUAGAUGCUAUCAGGAGGGUUCUGGAUAAGAUUGACUCAUUCACCGAACAAGACGCAGACCAAGUGAAGCUAGCCCUAAAGGAUAUAGAAGAAAAGAUCCCCUACACGGGCCUUGGCAUUAGUGAUGAGGAGAAGGCGAUGGUCGUCUCAGCUCUGAAGUUGCCACCUGGUCACUGGUACAAGUGUCCCAACGGCCAUGUCUAUAUCAUAACGGAGUGCGGUGGGGCAAUGGAGAGCAGCCGCUGCCCAGACUGUGAUGCCACUAUCGGUGGACAGAGUCACGCUUUGGCCAGUGGAAACCAGGUCGCCUCAGAGAUGGACGGAGCGCAGCACGCAGCUUGGUCUGAGGGCAAUAAUCUGUUGAAUUUUGAUCAAUUAGACUUAAGUGACUAAAACACGACCACCUGUUGGCUGACCAGGAUUUUGGAUGUGGGGAUUGUUAAUUGGUUGGUAGGUUGACAGGUUUAGCAGGUCGGCAAGUUAAUUCGACUACUUUUACCUACUCUGUAGUAGGUUUACAUACAGCAAAAUUGUCAUAUGCAAGAAUGUUGGAAGAUUAUAUGGGUAUAAUGAUAAGAAUACUAUAACUUUAAUGCUAUGGUAAAAAUUGUUUUUUAUUCUUUUUAGAUACACACAUGCCUAAAAACAUAUGCACACAAUGUAUAAAUAACAUGGCUACACUGGAUCAAUUAGAAAAUAUAUCUUUACGAGGAGUAUUACAUUUGAAAAACUGAUGAUGCUUUCUUUCUUGUUCAUGCUUGAAGUGUUGUACUUCAUUUAUUACAUAAACACAGUCCAGCCUCCUAGCUUAAAACAAAAUCAACUGCUUGCACUGCGAUGAAUCAAAGGACAGCUUUGUUGGGGAAAAAGCACAACCUACUAAAAUAGCAUUGUCAAGGCAAGUGAUGAAAACAAUCACAUUUUAAAUGGAUGUCUUGCAAAGUUACCGAGGGGGGCAAUAAUGGACAAAAAUGCUUGCAAUGAAAUAUAAGAAUAUAUUUAUGCUAAAUGAUUAUCUCAUAUAUCUUGUUAAUAUGCUCAUUGUCACAAUUGCAGUAGACCGGUAGGCCUACUUAUACCAGGUCUGGUAGAACCAGGAGUGUGUGUAGAUAGCACCAAAAAAAAAAAAAUCAAGAAAGGGAUUUUCUAAUCAUUUUCCUGUGAGGAGAAGAAGAGUCUGAUCAAAAAGGAAAGAACAAGGUCAUUAUUGUAGAGAGAAAUGCUGUCAAAAUAAAGUUUUCCAUCCUGUAAAUAAAACAAAAAAAGAAAAA